AUGAAUUUGCCACCCAAUUUGGAUAUAAGCUUCAAUAAUUUCAUUGGUUCACUCCCACCUCAACUGGGGAAUUUAGAAAGUUUGAAUAUAAGCUACAAUAACUUCAAUAUUUCACUCCCACUUGAACUAGGGAAGUUGGCGAGUCUGCGACUGCUGGAUAUAAGCUUCAAUAAUUUCAUUGGUUCGCUCCCACCACAACUGGGGAAUUUAGAAAGUUUGAAUAUAAGCUACAAUAACUUCAAUAUUUCACUCCCACUUGAACUGGGGAAGUUGGCGAGUCUGCGACUACUGUUGCAGUUCAAGAAUAAAAGCGGUCCUGAGCUGGUAGGGGAAGCAACCCGGAAGACUGAGGGUCCUGAGUAUAUGCCUGCUGGGCUGCGAUACAUACUAGACCCAGGGACCGGACAUAAGGAUAUCCCCUCUUCUGGUGCUGCGGUUGCUGCUGUCUCUGCUGCUACUGAGGAGGAUCCCUAG